GUGAUGUGAUGUCAUAAUCAAAUACCGAACCACGUGUUCUGUGACGCCAUUCAUAAGGAAGUAUACAGAUUUAGUUUCUGUGGUUUGCGUAGAUUUAUAGAGACUAGUUUUCAUUAUGCCAAGUGACUAACAAAGCUAAAAUAGAUUGACGUAGUAAUGGCGGGAAUCGCUCUCGAGGUUUCGCCAGCAAACGCUCCCCAACCUUUAAAGAAAAAGCGAUUUCUCCAACAUCACAAAAAUGGAGUUUUGAGUCAAAACGCAUUGGCCGCUGUUCGUCGUUCACUCCCCAUAUUUUCUGCCAGAGACAGACUUAUUCAAGAGUUGAAAAAGUCUCCAACAGUGAUUGUGAUCGGUGAAACUGCUAGUGGAAAAACUACACAAAUUCCUCAAUUUUUGUUAAAAGCUGGCCUGGGCAAAACUGGCUGCAUCGCAUGUACCCAACCAAGAAGGGUAGCAGCGAUUACUAUUGCUCAAAGGGUAUCAGCUGAGUUGAAUGUCAAGUUGGGUGAAGAAGUCGGUUACUGCGUCAGAUUUGAAGAUUGUACAAAUGAGAAAACAAGAAUAAAAUACAUGACAGACGGAAUGUUGCUGAGAGAGUCACUUGGAGACAGUUUAUUGUCAAGGUAUUCAUCCAUUCUGUUAGAUGAAGCUCAUGAAAGAACUGUUCAUACUGAUGUGUUGUUUGGAAUCGUAAAAGAUGCACAGAAGUCUAGAAAAGAGAAAGGUUUGCCAAGCCUCCGUAUCAUAAUCAUGUCUGCUACCAUGGACGUAGAUCAUUUUUCAAAAUAUUUCAACAAAUCACCUGUACUCUACCUCGAAGGACGGUUACAUAAAAUCGAUAUUUUAUACACAGAAGAAAAACAAUCGGACUACCUCGGAGCAACAUUAGUUACUAUAUUUCAGAUCCAUCAAGAAUCAAAUCCUCAAGAAGACAUUCUGGUGUUUUUAACUGGACAAGAGGAAAUUGAGUCGAUGUGUCGAACAAUAAAAGAUUUAUCGAUUUCACUUCCUUCAAACCUUCCAAAGUUACUCAUCUAUCCACUCUAUGCAUCCCUUCCUAAACAUCAACAACUGAAAGCAUUUCAUGCGACGCCUCAAGGUGCAAGAAAAAUUGUUCUUGCCACGAAUAUUGCUGAAACGUCUGUCACUAUAAAAGGUAUCAAAUAUGUGAUUGAUACUGGAAGAGUGAAAGCAAAGUCUUUUCUUCCGUCAACGGGAUUGGAUAUUCUUGCAGUUCAGAAAAUAUCAAAAGCACAAGCUUGGCAAAGAGCAGGGCGGGCUGGAAGAGAAUGUCCUGGGACAGUAUAUAGAUUAUAUACAGAAGAAGAAUACUCAGAAAUGGAUGAAAUGACCAAACCAGAAAUACUUCGUUGCAAUUUAUCGAGUGUGAUUCUUCAACUUAUGGCAAUCGGAAUUACAGAUGUACAGACCUUCGAUUUUAUGGAUCCUCCUCCAAAGGAGUCUAUUGAGGAUGCUUUGAAUCAACUUCAAAUUUUGGGAGCAAUCAGUAAAAAAUGCGAAUAUCAACUCACUGAUCUUGGAUGGAAAAUGUCUGUUUUUCCGCUCGAUCCGAAAUUAUCAAGAAUUAUUUUGGCUUCAACAGCUGCGGAUAGAAGGUGUACUGAGGAGGCAAUCAGUCUUGUUGCGCUACUUUCUGUUGACAGUAUUCUAUAUGUUCCACAUGGUAAACGAGAAGAAGCUCAUGCGGCAAAACAAAAAUUUGUCUCUAGCGAAGGCGAUCAUAUCAUGUUACUCAACAUUUAUAACUCAUUCAAAAAAUACAAAGGAGACGCUGGGUGGUGCUAUGACAAUUUCAUUAUCACUCGUAAUUUAAAUAUGGCGGGAAACAUAAGACGUCAGUUACGAGAUCUGUGUAUUAAAGCUGGGAUAAAAGAUAUUAAUUCAAACAGGACUGACAUGGCACAGCUACGAAAAAGCGUGGCAUCUGGGAUGUUUGUAAAUGCCGCGGAACUACAACAUGACGGGACUUAUAAGGCGCUGUCCACUGGGCAAACAGUUCAAAUCCAUCCUUCGUCUUGUCUUUUUCGUUGCAAACCAGCUUACGUGAUUUAUAAUGAAUUAAUUUAUACUUCGAAAUGUUAUAUCAGAGAUUUAUGUGUUAUUGAUCCAGAAUGGUUGUUUGACGCGGCACCGGAGUAUUUUCGUAGAAGAUUAAAAAUAGAAUAGGGAUGGCCAACUUUUCGCGUUAUCUCAAAAAUGCUGUGUCACACGCUCGUCCUUUAUCUCCAUGUUGCAUGAGUUAGGAUAGAUAUAUAUUAUGGUGAAAAUGGUUGAAGUUAAGUAUGUGGAGUGAAAUCAUGAUAUGUUCAGGUAUGAUAUGAUACUUGGCAAAAGGUCAAAGCAGGGGUGUACAACCUUCAAUACCUGAGGGCCUGAUACAAAUACCUGGGUGAAGCCGCGGGCCUCGUAGGCUUUCUAGUAGUAAAAAGCAUUGUAACAUCAUAGGCAUAGAUAAUGAAUUUGUGACGCAAAGGGAUUAGAAUUACCCACAUGUACCAGAUUAAAGUAAAUUCAUUGCGCGGUCUGCGCAUUCAAAACUGCCAAGUGGGCAACAUGUUGCACGCUCCCCCAAUGUAAAGUAUUCAUUUGAAGUACGAUACAUAAAAUGUGUACAUUUUUGAGACACGCAUCUUCUUUUAUUAAUAUUUGCGCUCUUGUUUUGAGCUGUUCUUGGAUUGUGCUUAAUGAUAAUCAUAUUUCAUUGUUUUUCUAUGUUUAUUAAAGCCAAGUAUGUUUGCAAAGGUACACUAACAUUCGACAUUGAAAAAUAUUGAUCGAAACAUGUAUUGUAUAUAAAUAAUAUUUUUGUUGGAUUUGUACAAAUUAUGUAUUUACUUCUUUUACUGAUAAAAAUAAUGCCAAUCAAUUUUUUUAUUUUUACUUCUGUUUAUAAAGCUCACACACACUCAAAUAAUAUGUCAAACUUUUCCGUAGA